CUGGACGCGCGGCGGCGGCCGGCCGCCCGCUGCCCACUCGCGCUCGCCCGGCCAUGGCGCGGGCCCUGGUCCUCGGCGCCCUGGUCCUGCUGCUCGCGCUGCUGCUGCUCGCGCUGCUGCUGCGCCGCCGGCGCUGGCGGCGGCCUGGCGAGCCUCCCCUGGACGUGGGCCGCCCCCCGUGGCUGGGCCACACCCUGGAGUUCGGGAAGGACCCCGCGCGCUUCCUGGGCAGGAUGAAGGAGAGGCACGGGGACAUCUUCACGGUGCUGGUGGGAGGCAGGUACGUCACUGUGCUCCUGGACCCCCACUCCUACGACUCGGUGGUGUGGGAGCCGCGCAGCAGGCUGGACUUCCACCCCUACGCCCUCCUGCUCAUGGAGCGGAUCUUCGACGUGCGGCUUCCGGACCACGUCCCGGGCGAGGAGAAGGCCAAGCUGAAGCCGACGCUGCUCCACAAGGAGCUGCAGGCGCUCACCGAGGCCGUGGACACCAACCUGCGGACCGUCUUGCUGGGCGACGCGACAGAAGCGGGCAGCGGCUGGCACGAGACGGGCCUCUUUGAGUUCUGCUACGGCGUCCUGCUCCGGGCCGGCUACCUGACGCUGUACGGAGUGGAGGAGGCGCCCCCCACGCCCGGGAGCCAGGCCCAGGACCGAGCCCACUCGGCCGACGUCUUCCGCACCUUCCGGGAGCUCGACAAGCUGCUUCCCAGACUGGCCCACGGCAUGCUGUCGCCAGAGGAGCUCGAGCACGUGGGCAAGGCCAAGACUCGCCUGUGGGGCCUGCUGUCCCCGGGGCGGCUGGCCGGCCGGGCCCAGCGGAGCGCGUGGCUCCGGAGCUACCUGCUGUUCCUGGAGGAGCUGGGCGUGUCGGAGCAGAUGCAGGCGCGAGCGCUGCUCCUGCAGCUCUGGGCCACGCAGGGGAACACGGGUCCCGCCGCCUUCUGGCUGUUGCUCUUCCUGCUCAGGACCCCCGCGGCGCUGGCCGCAGUCCGUGACGAGCUCAAGGGCGCGGUGGGGCCCCCGGAGAAGCCCACCUUCCUGCAGAAGGUCCCGGACAGCUCGCCCGUGCUCGACAGCGCCUUGAGUGAGAGCCUCCGGCUCACAGCCGCGCCCUUCAUCACCCGCGAGGUGCUGGCAGACCUAGCCCUGCCCCUGGCAGACGGGCGCCACUUCAGCCUGCGGCGUGGGGACCGGCUCCUCCUCUUCCCCUUCCUGAGUCCCCAGAGGGACCCGGAAAUCUACGCUGACCCAGAGGAAUUUAAAUACAACCGAUUCUUGAAUCCUGACGGCUCGGAGAAGAAAGAUUUCUACAAGGGCGGGAAGAGACUGAAGAAUUACAGCCUGCCGUGGGGCGCAGGGCACAACCAGUGCUUGGGGAAGGGCAUUGCCGUCAACAGCAUCAAACAAUUUAUAUUCCUUGCGCUGACCCACCUGGACCUGGAGCUCCUGGCCCCGGAUGAGGGGCUCCCCGUGUUUGACCCCAGCAGGUACGGCUUUGGCCUGCUGCAGCCGGCCCACGACGUGCGCAUCCGUUACCGCCUGCGGCCCUGAGCCCCGGAGUCCGCGUUAGCACCCGCCAAUGCAGCCGGCCCGGCCCCCCGGCCCCCCGGCCCCCCAACGCUUUGUGUCUGCUUCUGGGGCUGCAGCUCUGACCCCUGCCCUGCCAGCAGGCCCUCUUUCCUCCUUGCCCCCCUCGGGGAGGGGGCUGGGGGACGCUGGGCAGGUCAGCAGAGAAAGCUCGGGAAGCUCCACGGGGCAGUUGGACAGAGCUCCUGCUCCAGCCCAGCUUGUUCCCCUCGCCCCCCCCCCCCAGCGACUCCACGGCCCCCUCCCUGUGCCCCGAGAGGCCAGUGUCCCGGCUCUAGCCCUGAUGGUCCGAGGGGGGCUGGCCUGGCACUAGCUCCGCCCUCCAGGCGUAGGUCAGCCCCAGCUCCAGGUGGCCGUGGCAUCUGCGCCCCUGGGUGCCCCUCGCCAGGCUCUGUGCGUCUGUGUUCACGUGGGACGCUGGGGAAAUGCCGGCUGGCACAUGACAGGUGCACGCAGGCACUCCCCGCCCCCCACGGCGGCUGGCAGAGCGGGGCACGCUUCCAGAGCCCAGUCCCCGAGGGGGGUUUCCCAGUGCUGAGCUUCCUGGAGGCAGGAGGCGGUGGGGGUGGGAGGGAGGGGGGGGGCUUGGUGCCCACGGGCAGUCCCGAGCUCGCCGUGGGCCCCCUCCAGCCUGCAGCCGGCUUUGUUGGCCUCCACUUAAAGAGAAAAACAACACGCCCGUUCAUUGCUGUUGUCUGUCUCUGGGAGCCUGGGUGGACGCCACGUGGCCAGCGUUGCCUGGGAAGUCAGCGGUGGUGUGUAUCCCCAGCACCAGGGCUGAGACGUCCCCGCUGCCUGACCCCGGGUCUCCCCUGCCCCCCUGCACCCACCCCCUGGCACGGGGAGACACUGGAGCCUGAGACACCCCCUUAGAUGCAGGAGGGCCCCUCGCCCGGGGGCAGCCUGUCCUGGGAACAGCAGCUCGGGGGUGGGGUCUGGGCUCUGCAUCCCUGAGGGAGAAACGGCCGCUCAGGGGCCAUUGGUGGCCUGGAUCCCUCAGUCCUGUGUGUGGUGGCCCCGGGGUCCAGCAGAACUGACUCCUGCCUCUCCCUGCGUCUGGGAACGAGGGAUGGUGAUGCCCUCCUCCCAGAGGGGAGCAGAGAGAAAGGCCGAGACUGCACAGAGGACCAGAGAGGGCAAGGCACUUGCCCAGGGUCACACAGCUCUGAACCCAGCAGACAGACACACCGCUCAAGUAGUCAGGGCUGGCAGGCAGCUCUGCAAACCUGGGACACAAAGGGCAGAGGCUCUUGGAGGGGAAGUCGUGUUUGGUGUCAGAGAGCUGACAGAGCCAGAGGCACCCCUUGAGGCAAUGGGUGAUCUCACCACUACAUGCAUGCACACAUGCUCACAUGCAUAGUACUCACACACAUGCUCACACACAUGCAUACACAUGCAUGCCCACAUGCAGUGCUCACAUAUAUGCUCAAACAUGUGUACACAUGCAUACACGCACAGCACUCAUAUAUACACAUGCAUACCAUGCUGACAUGUGUAAACAAACAUCUGCUUACAUGCACACUGUCACACACAUAUUUACACACAGUUGCUCACAUAUAUUUACACAUACAUGCAUACACAUGCUCACAUCCCUACUUACAUAUACAUACACACAUACACAUGUACCUGCAUAUGCACACAUACACCUAUAUUCACACUUACAAUUGCUCACAUGUACAUACACAUACGUGCACUUACAUAUACAUACAUGCACACUUAUAUGCAUACAUACUCAUAUACACACAUACAUGCAUGCUUACAAAUAGACACAGUCAAAUAGUUUCAGAUACAAACAUGCAACCAUAUACACACAGGCACACAUACAUUUACACGCAGACAAUCAUGCACACAUACUCUCCUUGAUACACCCCCAGGCAUAUACAUAGACACAUGCACACACAUGCACACGCACACACUCACACACACAGGUCCUCGUGUCUCUUGCUGGAGGAGGAGAGUGGAAUGGAGCUCUGCAGAGUUCCAGCUAAUCUCCUCAGAGCAGAGAGCUGGGGGCUGGGGUCUUCCCUGGCCCUGAGCCUCCAGGCACCCCCAGGAUUCCCAGACAGACACUGUGAUUGGCAGGAGGCGGGAUAUCCCCAGGGAAACCCAUCUUCACGCCUGGGUGACCCCCACUCCUGCCUGCUUCUUAACUCGGCAGGAAAUCUGGGCUGGCAGCCUCCGGUGGGAGGAAGGAGCCGGUUUCCAUGGCAACCCUCAGCCGCCUCCUCCCGGCUGGGAAGAGAAGGCAGAAGGGCGCAGAAAUAGCUUCAGGAAGAUGGGGUGUGCCGGGGGGAGUCCUCUGACAUCCCCCUUCUGAAUCAGGGCUCUGUUGCCACCGAGACUUGAUUCUCAAUGGUGUUCAGAAUGGGCCGGGUGCCUUAAAGGGGCGCGUCCACGCUGCCCCCAGCUUUCAGAGGAGCUGGGCCCCAGCUGGCGGCCCCAGCUGGCGCGGGAGAAGCCACAGCAGAGCUCCGGAACCGCCCAGCCUCCCUGGUUUUCAUCUUCAUUGUUGUUCUUCCUUUGAAAAACGAGAAAGCUCCAGCCCCAAGAGGGCCAAGGGGGCUCUUCCCCCAGCUGAGCUGGGAAGACAGGACCUCCCUCGGCCAUUGCGAGACCCCCCCCCCACAGGAAGACCGGGGCGCUGCCCUCCCUGGGGGCUCGCAGGCUUGUGUGUCCCGGGAAAGACGAGCUUAGCUGGACCUGACGGGGAGUGAGAUUGGGCGUGUGGUCCUUCACCAGAUCUUUCCCUUUAAAGAAGCUCGUGUCUCUCUCUCUCUCUCUCUCUCUCACACACACACACACACACACACACACACACAACACACACACCCCUCACAUGUGUUUAAAAGGGAACUUUUUUCACCGCUGGGAACUGAUGAUAUAUAUCACUCUCAGCCAAAAAUAGAAAAUGCCCGAGAAAUCGAUUUCCUGGGGAGGGGCCCCCAGGCGGGUCCCCCAAGGCGUGCAGCCAGAGAGAGCGGGCUUCCUCCUUCCCAAGGGGCAGUGGCCACGAGCUUCCUAGCUGAUCCCCGGGGUGGCCCCAGGGCGGAGGGGGGCGGGCAGGGGGCAGGCUGGCCUCACGCAGCUGUCCUGGCCGGAGCUCCUGCUCAGCUUGCUUCCGGGUCCCCCAGGGGUCUCAUGAGCUGAUACACACCCACCUGCCCCUUCUCCAGGUGGAGAAAAGGGCUUCGAGAGGGCGUGUCCUGGCCCGAGUUGUCCGUGUUGCUUCCUUUGGCUAGAGACCAUGUUUCUGUAUCAGCGCUGCUAAGCCUGUGUUAAUAAACCU